GAUUUAACGGGGCUCUUUAUCUCUUUCAAAACUGCGCCAAAAUGGGUGCGGGCCACAACAAGCCGCCGACGGAGCCAGGUUGGUACUAUUUAGUUCUGCCGGUUGGACUUCAGGCAAACUAACUUCCCUGUGCUAGCGAGUGAGUGAGCGAGCUUUGUUAGCCUGCUAACUAGCUGCGCUGACAGAAAACAAACGACAGUCUGCUCCUCAGGCUGCUGGGGCAACAACUUCAGCUGAAACACGGGCUGCGACUAUGGAGAGACCGAGCAGCUCUAAAGGUUUCUCCUCAUGCUGUCAACAUAAAUCCUGUCUGUAAUUCACAAACGGAGCUCGGUGGACGGAGGAAGCCUCUCAUUCCGGAGGAACCUGGCGGAUAUGAGCACCGAGACAUGAGACGGCACAUGUUACACCGAGGCAAUAAUUACAAUAACAGUAGUAAUAACAAUAAACGACAGGGAGGGACGUCAGAGCGCAGCCGAAAGCUUUGUUUUUGAGUGCUGUGGAGAGUGUGAGAUCGUAAGUGCCUAUGGCGGAGUUAGGGGAGGACGGGAGGCUCCCUCCGGUCCAGUUCGGGCACACGGCCGUGCCCAGCGACCAGGAUGCGGGGAAGACGCAUUGCGAAGUGUCGGUUCUGAAUGGAGACUGUGGGAUAUCGGAGAAUAUGAUGUGCUCAGGCUCCCCGCUCACACCUGGCAGCCAAACCGGAGGUGAAAGCGCCAACACCUCCGUGGGGCCGGAUGCCAAAUCUGACAUACCUCGCCGGAGCAGCAUUAUUAAGGAUGGAAGACAACGAAAAGAAAGAAAGAAGACCGUCUCAUUCAGCAGCAUGCCCACUGAAAAGAAGAUCAGUAGAGUCAGCGACUGCAUCAAUGCCAUGGUGGAUGGCUCGGAGCUGAAAAAAGUGCGAUCCAAUUCACGUGUUUACCACCGCUACUUUCUUCUCGACGCCGACAUGCAAUCAUUAAGGUGGGAGCCAACAAAGAAGGAGUCUGAAAAGGCAAAAAUAGAUGUGAAGUCCAUCAAGGAGGUCAGAACAGGCAAGAAUACAGACACUUUUAGAACUAAUGGCACCUAUGACCAGAUAUCAGAGGAUUGUGCUUUUUCAGUCAUCUUUGGAGAGAACUAUGAGUCCCUGGACUUGGUGGCGAACACAGCAGAUGUAGCCAACAUAUGGGUGACUGGUCUGAGAUACCUGAUCUCUUAUGGGAAGCAUACCUUGAAUAUGAUCGAGAGCAGCCAGAACAACUUGCGCUCAUCUUGGUUAAGCGACCUCUUUGAUGAAGAAGACGGUAAUCACAACAAACAGAUAGCAAUAUGUGCUGCCGUGCAGCUAAUAAAGAAUCUAAACCCGGGACUUAAAAAUGUGAAAAUAGAACUAAAGUUCAAGGAGCUCCACAAAGCUCAAGACAAGAGUGGGUCUGAUGUGACAAAAGAGGAGUUUGCUGAAGUCUUUCAUGAUCUUUGCACAAGACCAGAGAUUUAUUUUCUUUUUGUUCAGUUUUCCAGUAACAAGGAGUUUCUUGAUACUAAGGACUUAAUGAUAUUUCUGGAGGCAGAGCAGGGAAUGGCUCAGGUCAGUGAAGACACCAGCUUAAAUGUCAUUCACAAGUAUGAACCAUCCAAAGAGGGUCGGCUAAAGGGAUGGCUCUCUCUUGAUGGGUUCUCUAACUAUCUUAUGUCUGCAGAGUGCCACAUAUUUGACCCUGAGCACAAAUCCGUUUGCCAAGACAUGAACCAGCCUCUGUCCCACUACUACAUCAACGCAUCCCACAACACUUAUCUGAUAGAGGAUCAAUUCAGAGGUCCUUCAGAUGUGACUGGGUACAUCCGUGCUCUGAAGAUGGGUUGUCGCUGUGUGGAGCUGGACGUGUGGGACGGUUCUGACAACGAGCCCGUUAUCUAUACAGGUCACACAAUGACUUCACAGAUUGUUUUCCGCAGCGUCAUAGAUGUCAUCAAUAAGUAUGCCUUUGUUGCCUCUGAGUUUCCUUUGAUUCUAUGUUUGGAAAACCAUUGUUCUGUAAAACAGCAGAAAGUCAUGUUUCAGCAUUUGAAGAAGAUCCUUGGAGACAAGAUUCACGUAGAUUCUCCAAAACUCGAGGACUGUUACCUCCCAUCUCCAUCUGAGUUGAAGGGAAAGAUCCUGCUGAAGGGUAAGAAGUUAGAUUCAAACUGUACUGCUUCAGAAGGAGAAGUGACGGACGAGGACGAGGGGGCAGAGAUGUCUCAGAGGAUGAGCAUCGAGUCCACAGAGCAGCAAACUAAUGCACCCAAAAAGAUCCCGCUGCUUAAGGACCUCUCUGAUCUGGUGACACUGUGUAAAUCUGUGGAGUUCAAAGACUUUCCAACAUCUUUCCAGAAGCAGAAACCCUGGGAACUCUGCUCUUUCAAUGAGGUGUUUGCCACUCGCUGUGCGUGUGAUUUCCCUGGGGACUUUGUCAACUACAAUAAGAAGUUUCUUGCACGAGUUUACCCGAGCCCAAUGCGGAUCGACUCCAGCAACAUGAAUCCACAAGAUUUCUGGAAGUGCGGCUGCCAGAUUGUAGCCAUGAACUACCAGACUCCUGGGCUAAUGAUGGACUUGAACAUCGGUUGGUUUCGUCAGAAUGGUAACAGUGGCUAUGUUCUCAGACCAGCCAUCAUGAGGGAGCAGGUCUCAUAUUUCAGUGCCAACACAAAAGAUUCAGUGCCUGGGGUUUCUCCACAGCUCUUGCACAUCAAGAUAAUCAGCGGACAAAAUUUUCCAAAACCCAAAGGCUCCGGUGCUAAAGGAGACGUGGUGGACCCGUACGUGUACGUGGAAAUACACGGCAUUCCUGCAGACUGUGCAGAACAGAGGACUAAAACAGUCCACCAAAAUGGGGACAAUCCACUGUUUGAUGAGAGCUUUGAAUUUCAGAUAAACCUUCCUGAGCUCGCAAUGGUGCGCUUUGUGGUUCUAGACGAUGACUAUAUUGGAGACGAGUUUAUUGGCCAGUAUACAAUCCCCUUUGAGUGUCUCCAGCCUGGUUUCCGCCACGUACCGCUACAGUCUCUGACAGGAGAGUUGCUGCCUCAUACUUUGCUUUUUGUCCAUGUUGCCAUAACCAAUCGAAGAGGUGGAGGAAAGCCACACAAAAGAGGAUUGUCAGUAAGGAAAGGCAAGAAAAGCAGAGAGUAUGCUAGUAUGAGAGUGCUGCAGAUCAAGGCUGUCGAUGAGGUCUUUAAAACAGCCCAGCUGCCACUCAGAGAGGCCACCGACCUCCGAGAAAACAUGCAGAAUGCCAUAGUGUCCUUUAAGGAGCUCUGCGGCCUUUCAGCUGUGGCCAACCUGAAGCAGUGCAUCUUGGCCCUUUCCCCUCGGCUGACGGGACCUGACAACAGCCCGCUCCUGGUGUUUAACCUCUCUGACCCGUACCCAAACCUGGAGCUCCAAGGCCUGCUCCCAGAGGUCCUGAAAAAGGUCGUCACCACCUACGAUAUGAUGAUCCAGACCAGCAAGACCCUGCUGGAGAGCUCUGACAGCGUUUAUGAGAGGAUUUUGCAAACUCAGAAAGCAGCGAUGGAAUUUCAUGAAAACCUGCAUGAUCUGGCUGUGAAGGAAGGGCUGAAGGGCAGGAAGCUGCACAAGGCAGUGGAAAGCUUCACAUGGAACAUCACCAUACUGAAGGGUCAAGCCGACUUACUAAAACAUGCCAGAAGUGAAGUCCAGGAAAACCUCAAGCAGAUCCACUACUCAGCGCUUACCUGCAACCUGAGCAAAGGAGGAACAGCGGGUGGCUCCACCGGCUCCACAGACUCCAAGAGCCGACGCAGCUUGGAGGCCAUUCCUGAAAAAGCCACGGGGGAGGAGGAGCUGACGGAUGAGGAAAACUGAAGGCUUCCUGUCGCUCUUCUUUCUGCAUCUUCAAACCCAGGUGCUGUCACUCUUCACCCUCCAUCAUGGACAUUCCUCAACCUAAAGCACAGUUAAAACUUCUUAGACCAAUAAAAUCAUAUGGAUCAUGUAUUUGUUUCAAACAAGAGAUUUAGAAAACACAGGAAAAGGUUUUGCAACCCUUCAACUUUCCUAGACAUCUAAGUGAAACUAUCUGCUUACUGAUUUUCCUGUUUCCUCUCCUGGAUGAGUCAGGAGAGAACCAGCGGCCCUCAGACUGUUCCAGACUUUAAACACAAGCACUUCUACUUAGCGGACCAGAGGACACAAAGAAGGCCUUGGAUUGUUCCAAGGAUUUUUUUUUUAAAGCACAAUUUUCCUGAGCUGUGAAUGUAACUGGGACUGAAGAGUGGGAACAAAAAUGUUCAGAAUGAGAGUAAAGAGCUGUUUACAAUUCUGGACUUAUUCAUGUUCUCGUCUGCCAAAACAGUAGUAAACUAUGUGUACAUAUAGAGUUUCCUGUGAGCUUUUUUUCUGCAGAGUGCAUCAUUUUAUUAUUGUAUACUUGGAAAUAUGAGAUUUAUUUUAUAAAAGUUAUACGAACACAAGUGUGGAGAAAAAGUUUUAUUUUGUGCGUGGACAAAACUUCCAACAUGAGGAGGCAGAAGGACGUAAGACAGAGAGAGAAUGUAUCCAUGUUGUUGUCCAGUUUCUCUACUCUGAACCAGCAGCUGCAUGAAAGGAUGUUGACAUGUUUUGUUCAUUCUUUGUUUAGAUGUGCUUCUAUUUCAGGGCAAGUUUUUACCAAAGUUCACUUUAUGUUGGUUUAUUUUAAACCCAAAACUAAACCAGUUCAACUUACUUAGAAAGAUGAAAAGACGACAAAUCAGUUGUUGCUGGUAGUAAUCUGCAGAAAGCCACGGUUUAGACGUAUUUAUAUUUUGAGAACAUUUUACAUAAAAACUGUUUGUUGGAUAAAUAGACGACACACUUUGAAGGGAACGACCAUAUUAACUUAAUGUUUAAUUAUACAGAUUAUUAACUGAAAACAUUCUGCACAUUACUUUCUGUAUCUAUGAUAGUAGCCAUACACUUUAAGCGAACACAAUUUUAUUUAACAAACCUACUAACAGUGUUAGAAUGGCCUUUUACUGGGAUAGGAAUCUUUUUUAAAUUAUGGUUAACAAUACUAAGUGAAUAUUGUUUCAUAGCCAUUUAUAUUUCUGGAAACAGAACAGUCCAAAAUGAUGGUGUCUUUAAAGGUCUUUUUUGUUGUUUUUAUUUUUUAAAUAAGGAUCGUGUGAAGUACUAAUUAGUGAUCAGUAUCUUACAUGCAGUAGACUGCAGUGAAACUUGUUUAUACCCUUAAACCCUCUAAUUUAAACCUCAAUUGGUGAUUUAAUCAUAAGCUAAAGUUGUUACUACAUCUUCUCAUUCUUGCAUGCGAUGGUCGUUAAAGUGUGUCUCAAAUUAUUUUAUUCUCAGAAAAAACAACCUGGAAACAAAAUGCCCCUUUGACUUAUACAUGAGGAUUCACAGUAUUUUCUGGAACAUUCUUUACACUUAAUCUGGGUGUAAAUCAUCUAGGCUACAUGUGCAUUUACUUGAAACAAAGAUCAGCAAUACUGCAAAUUUUUAGCAUUAGAACCUAAUCUUAUCCCAGAGUUUCAAUAUUAGGAUGCCGUUAAACACAUUCGACAGGACGCUUCUGGCUUCUUGAAACGUUUUCUUGAACUAACCUUGAAAAAGUUACGACCACCUUGUUUUUACGUAUACUUACUUCUCCGAAGCAUUCAAUCAGCGUUUGCCUCAACGAAGCCACAUUCAGAGGUUCUACUUUAUCACAGUUCAGGACAAACUUUGAGAUCAGGGAUGGCCAAUUGGCUUUCCACUGGAAGCCACAUGGUUGUUUGUCUCUUAUUGAUUGGUUAAAAUCCUUUUUUCAAAAAUAUACUUGAUAAUAAAGUUCAAAUAUGAGAUUUAUUUGGCUGUUGUAGCAUACUGCAUCCAUAAUCAGGGAUGAGAUUUGCUUCCAAAAAAGAACAAUAUCAUGGCCACAUUAUGGUCAUAUCACCACUGAUCGAUUUGUAUAGAAGUGCACGACAAGUCAUUUCAACCCAUUUACUAACCAUUUAAAUAAAUGUCUGAAGAAUGCUAGUCAAGUUGAAGCUAAUAAAACAGCAUUUAUGCAUUUACUCAAACUCAACAAAGUUGCAUGUUUGGUUCCUGCCUUGGCACAUUGUCCACAAGAAUCUCCUGGUGAUUUCCUGUGCCUAAAACUGUCCAAAACGUUUCAUUCCAAUGAUGUAAUACUCACCAGGAAAUAUCUGUUUGACCAAUUCUUCAACAAAACGAGGCGCCACACAACCAUUGUUGUGCCUGUGCAACAAAACUUCAAUAUAAAUCUUGAAUUUGCUUUCUCACAGCAGUUUUGCAGAAGUGUUUUAAGGAUAAAUUAAAACUAAAUGUUUUUAUAAGAAUCAUGUUUUGUCUUGUGGAAAUUCAUUGCAUGAAUAGGCUUGUAAAUAAUUCAAGAAAAAAAUACCAAAAUACCUUAAUUCAGAAUACCCUUAAAUAUGUUAUAUUUACCCAUUCAAGACUGACUAUUGGUAAUGUAAAUUAAUCUCUUAUAACUAAUGGAGAAAUUAUUUUUAUGUUCUACAAAAACUUUAGCAAAAUUUUUAUUUUUUAUUUUUGAUGAAGGCAUGAGACAGAUUACAUCUCAGACCAAGGAUUAAAUACAAAGCAAAGUUUUUAGUCAUUUCUGAAGCUGAGCUUAAGGCCACCAAGCUAAUUUUUAAAAACUGAUGUUGGAUAAGCAAUCAUAAAGCCAUCCGUCUCACAAUCUGAAUAUUGUGUUAAUAUUUGCCCCAUUAAAAGUAUAAUUUUGCUUCUGAAAUACAUCAGCUUUCAUGACAAAUUAUAAUGAAGCCUAUUGUAUAAUAAUUGGAAAAAACAUCCUUUGUGUUAAUCCCAUGAUGCUACUAUUCCCUCAACACAUUUUAUGCAACGUUAUCAUGACGAUCCCAACCUAUAAAACAAGUCUCAUCUCAAAUAGCCAUACACUGAUAAUAAACCCCCACAGCCUUGCUAUAAAAUUUACUAACCUUCUGCAAACUUUUAUGCUCCAUCAUGGAUAAUUUAAAGCCCAAUAUGUUCAUUUUUUUCGUUUCUCACAAAGAAAGCAUUGACUAGUUUUGCUCUUUUCUAGUAAAUUUGUUGAGUUUGUUUAAAUCAAAUGUUAAAAAAUUGGCAUUUUCUCCAGUUUAAUUUCUUCCUGCGUCUGCGAACAUGCAGGAGCUGAAACGGCAACAAACCCAGUUUAACUUAUUAGCUUUAAAACAAAGAUAUUUUUGGUAAUUUAUCUUUUGUUAGUUUAUGCUUUUUUAUUGAGCGCAUUCCAGUCAGUACUAAAUCACCAUUUUAGCUUAAAACAACUAAUUUUCUUUAAACUUAAUUGCAUUUAUUAUGUUACUCUUUGUUGCAGCACUUAUUUUUCUAACAUUUGACAUUUAAAUUAUAUCUAAUUAGAAAAAUGCCAUUUAAAUAAAUGUGUGAAGAAUGCUAGUCAAGUUGAAGCUAAUAAAAAUGUUGGUUUAAUGAACUGAUAACAGCCGACAUUUAAUUUUGUUUUAACUGGAAAUUUUCCCAAGGUGAAAGUUGAUUACAGUCAAUUCAGUUAUUAUUUUCAUGACAGAGAAAAUCCCAAAAUGCUGUUUCCACUUUCACUAAACCAUCUUCCAGUGAGCAAAAGUGACUAAAAGAAAAGAAAAAUUAAAACCCCAUCACUUUGUUUCUGUGUUUUCCACUUAAGACUAAACAAAUCUGCCAGUAAAACUGAGCAAUCAGAGCAAAGUAAAACUUGCUGCACUUUUUAUCUCUACAUGUUUUGUUUUGAGUAGUUUUGUUUCCCUGCUUUUUGUUCAAAGUUGUGCUUUAUGUUCCCAAACAUUGUCCACACUUGUGGGUGUUUCCAGCGAGCCGUCUCUGAACAUCAGUGCUGUGCCAGAGUUCGUAAUAAUUAAUGUCAAAACAAACAAUUCAAAUGUAUUUCAAGUCUAAUCUGUCAAGUUUUAAAUAACAACCUCUGAAUAAACAGUGUUGGAUAACAA